AUGUCAACGCUAACGAGAGUUGAAUCAAAUGACACAGUUUAUGGAAGUGGUAAUCUAAAGAAUCUUUCAUUCUUCAACAAUAGUCAGUCGGCUCUGAAUAAUGAUGCUAACCAUUUCACAUUGCAAAUUUUACCAAAAAGUAAUUUCAAUAAUAAUUCAUCAGGGCAGUCAAAUAUAACAAAUGAUCUAACAGGCAACACGUUGGUGACAAACUCCACCAGCCAAUUAGUUGCUAGCCCCAAUAGCGAUUUUACAUACAAUGACAAUUACAUCAAUAACAGCUAUAAUUUCAGAAAUGAGAUCUUCAAUAACAACAAUAAUGAAAAGAGACUGUCUAUCUCAGAGUACAUCACUGAUCGGACGAAUUACUAUGAGUAUGAAAAGUUAGAAUUGAAUUUAAAUGAAUUUGGUAUUCUAAGUCCUCAAGAGGAUACUGACUUCGAUGCGUUUUCAAUCAUGACUGAUUUAGAAGAUACAAGUUUACCAGCUCCUGAUUUAGAUAAAUCUUCAACAAAGAAGGUGAUGAAUUACUUCAAAUUGAAUAUUUUCAAUAACACGCAUACGAACUCUAACAAUAGUAAUAGCACGUUACCUAUGGAUAAUAUGAAUACUAAUUUUCAACAUACUACGCUAAAUACAACCGAGGAAUCGCCACAAAUAUUUAAGAAGAGAUAUUUUUGGAGUAGAAAUAAAAACAUAAAGAAGGAAUCUGGUACUGGUUCAGAAAAGUUACUGAAUGACGAUAACAUCACUUUUGAUCAAGAUUCCAUGCUAAAUGACGAUGAUUCCAGAUUAAUUAUAGAUCCUUCUCAACUAAUAACAAAAAGUAACACUGCAAACCCAACCGAAGGUCAAAUAACGAAUGAUUUUUUAUCUUCGCCAGAUUUCAUUAUAUCUGGUGUCGAAAACUCUAUUUUUAGUGAUGAUUUUACAGAAAAUAUGAAAAUCGAAGAAUUAGAACAUAUAGAAAUUGACACUAAAGUAAUUGUACCAAGUAUUUUUGUAGAGGAUUUCAAAAUUGACAAGAAAACCAGAAUUCCAAAUAAAACAACCGAUCAUUCAAAUGCACAAUCGAUUAUUCUACCGAAGAAAAUAGGUAUACUACCUAAGACUAGAGGUCGUAAGCCAUCGCCAAUACUGGACUCAUCCAAACAAUUUGGCUGUGAUUAUUGUGAAAGGAGAUUCAAAAGACAAGAACAUCUGAAAAGACAUGUUAGAUCUUUACAUAUGUGUGUGAAACCUUACGCUUGUCAUAUAUGUGACAAAAAGUUUAGUAGAAGUGAUAACUUAUCACAGCAUAUAAAAACACACACACAUUAA